CAACUUAGCCAUGUGUCUAUGGGACAAGUACACUGUAAAUCCUUUCCUAAUGUAGCUUACUCCCACUGCAAACACAGAUGGACAGUAUAAACAAUUUGUUGUGGCAACACAAGUAUUUCUCUUCCUGGUGGAGAAUUUUCCUUAUCCACUGUAUUCUAGUCAGUGUCCAAAAAAAAAAAAAAAAAAACACCAAGCAACUGAACCAGUCACCUAUACUGUACCUGGCUUAGUAUUGAAUUUUUAACCUUACAUGUAUAUGCUAUAUUUAUCUACUUUCUUUGAGCAGAUUGGGGGAAAAUGUCAUUUUGAGCCCAAUCUGUUUCUUUUCUAUUAGUCACUGCUGAUCUGAUUUGCCUUCUGCAAGCCAAUGUUUUUUGCAGUUCAAAAACUUGGCCAGUAUUCUACACCAAAAGAAAAAGGUUGUCCUUGGGGGGUGGGGGUGUUCAUUGUUUAAAGUUGCAUCUACAACUGGAAAUGCAGUUUAUGUAAAACUAGUGGAAUUCACAGUUGGUCAUGCCUGCUUCAGCAGAUUGCAUAGUCCCAUACAGUAGGGUGCUUUUCCCAGUGAUCAAUGAUGUCAUGUGAAGUGGGUUUAAAGCAGAAAGCCAUUUGUAAGACUUGCUGAAUGGAGAGAAAGCGUGACACUUGUGGUGUUCAAAAGUCUGCCUAAUGCUGUUUCACUACUGCUGUGUCUGUCUUAUGAAUGAGGUAAUCAGCACCUUGAAAACUCCAUUGUGCUUUAGAAUAUCCUCUAGUACUGUAGUGCCAUAGAUGUAAUUGUUUACCAUUAAGUAAGUUUCAGUGAGGACCAUUGACUGUGCUAAAUCUUGUGUUGGAGCAUUAAUGGGGUGAAUGCAAGUUACAACUCAAAAUCAUAAAAUGUUUUUAUAGAAUGUACUAUUAAAAGCUCUCUUUAGAAUGUGAAAAACUUCCUAUCCUGCCUCAGGUUCUCAGUGUGUGAGUAAAACUGCUUUUUAGAAUCCUGUGCAGAGGCAAUAGAAUCAGCAUAUUUUUCUUUACCUUCUGAAAAAUAGACAUAUCUAAAGCAGUUUUAGAAAACUGCUUUUGUGAUCAGCUAUUUGGCCUCUGAAUGACUUUGGAUCUGGGCACAUACAUUUAUACUGAAAGUAAUGCACCACCCCUCCCCGCUAUGAAACAGGAAUUAUAUACAAAUCUUUACAAUAGAAAUUAGCAAUUUUUUGUGAAGAGGUCAUUGACACACUCACGUUGCCCCUUCCUCGUCUUUAAUGUACACACAACAAAAAGCCACUGCAUGAGGCCUGGCCUACGGUAAAAGUUAAAUCACUCAUGGAUGUGAAAAAUCCACACACCUCCAUGCCAACUUAACCUGGGGUGGACUACUACAGCAGUUCACAGGUAGACAAGGCAUAAGAACAGAUUGAAAUCCAUAGUCUUGAAAGAUCCUCUUUCUCAUGAUAGAGACAAUUUCAAGGUGCCACUAGGGAAAGGAGUUUAUGCAUCUUCAGUAUCGUCACUCAUGCUGGUAAACUAAACUCAAUUCAAGGUGUAACCUUAUCCAUGUCACUUAAAUUCCAUCUGUUUGCACAGGGUGGUUUAAUAGGCACUAAUAUUUACUGAUUGUACUCAAAUCCCAGAAGUUAAGUUUAGCACAGCUGCAUUAGAGGAGUAAGUAAUUUACAAAAGCUUAAGAUUCAACUACCUAGCCAAAAUUGCCAUCUUUAGUAUCUAACGCCACAAUAUAUUUAUUGUAGCAUCUAACUUAGUCCUUUUCUAUGGCCAUGCCACUGAAAACAGUCUUACCAGCUACCUCAGGGGUGUCCAACCUGCCUUUCAGAGCCACAUAGGCCCUCAAAAGUUAAUAGGCGGCUCAUUGUAAAGGCACCAAAAUGAAUGACGCUGUAUAAAGUCUCCUAAAUGAAGUGGGAAGCAGCUCCAGUGCUGGAUAUCUUCAAAAGCCAACUAGCCCAUGUACUUAUAAAUACACUGAAAGGAACAAUCAGGCAUUCAGAGAGACAUGAUAUUCUAAUGGAUGAAAAAAUCCUAAAUUGUGUGUAAUCACACUGAAAAGAGGUCAGGGUGGAGGAACAGAGGGAAUCAAAGACAUUUUGUGCUGUACAAGUGAAAAAGAUUUGUUUAAAAACCAAAGACAAAAAGCAUAAAAAUAGCAAGGAAGUAUUAUUCCAUUAAUGAGAUGGAAAAAAAAUCAAGACACUAGAUUCAGUAACUCAAGCAAAAAUUGCUACAGUGUCUUUGGCAAGGGCUUAGUAAAGCUUUCAUAGAAGGUAAGACUAUUUUUAAUUUACUUAACAUGGCUAAACCACAAAUUCUGUAUCAUAAAAUGCAAUGACUCAGCAGGAAAGUGGCUAACUCACCAUCUUGAGAAUAGCCAGCAGGACAGGAACGAACCUGAGAGAGAACUUCAUACAGGGCCACAGGGAACAGCAGACGUUUUCUCUUAGAUUAGGGAUACUUCAUGUGGACUCCCUCUCUAAAAGCCCAAUUUUGAGAACUGCUGUUCUAACCUUCUUGCUGUGAUACGAGAUACUAAAUGCCAUUGCUUGUUAUAAUUGAAGUGGCAGCAAGCAAGGAAUUACACUGAUGCUAAGUUCAGGUAAAUGGAAACCUUAAAACCCUUUGAUGUAUUUAAAGCUAUCAGUGUGCCCGUUUGGCUCACAGAUUCACACUAAAUACACAUUUCCAAUCACUUAAGCUUUGCUGAAGUGUUUUACGGUGGGUAUGUCUUCACUAGCCACCGGAUCCCCAGGCAGCAAUCAAUCCAGCGGGGACUGAUUUAUAGCCUCUAGUCUAGACACAAUAAAUCGAUCCCCAAGCGCUCUCCCCUCCACUCCUGUACUCUAGUGCCGCGAGAGGCACAGGCAGAGAGAGUCAACGGGGGAGUGGCAGCAGUCGACUCACAGUAGCGAAGUCACCACAGUAAGUCCAUCUAAGUAUGUAGACUUCAGCUAUGUUAUUCACAUAGCUGAAGUUGUGUAACUUAAAUCGACACCCCUCUCCCCCAAUGUAGACCAGGGCUAUAUGCUUAUUGGAUAACAUCUGUUUCAAUGCAUUUUUUAAUACACGACUUGAUCCUUGGGCCUAUUAGGAUACAAGCAUGGCACCUAGAAUAACCAAGGCUAAAACAAUAGCAUUGAGAAUAUCAUAGUUUUCACCCAAAGCAGAGGCCUGUACCGCUUUUCCUUUGCAGCUGUGGCUACUAAGAGUUCAUCUCAACUGCCUCAAGCCCUUUGCUAAACAUCAGGAUGGACUAAAAGGAAAAUAAUUCCUUUUAAGGAAACAUUUGAUUUUACUCAAUUGCUUCUUUUCUGCUUGGCCAUUCCAUUCCCCUGGACAAGAAAUGGAACAACAGCCUGCUGCACGUGGGACCCUGAGCUGCUGCUUCUUUUUUUUUUAAACUCCUGCACCAGUUGUUGGCCAAAAAUAAACACCAUUCCACAACCAUAUAUGUUCAACAGCCCAGUGGUGAUUCUGAGGCCGGUCAGGUCCCUUCAGUAUUGCUGUUAGUCCACUCUGCCAGAAUAUACUGUCCUCUUUCCUAAGAGCACGACUCUGCACAGGCUAUGCAUAUAACCCAGCUUAACCGGGAGUGCCUUUUGCACCUAUUUUCUUUCCUGGACAAAAACAGUAGAAAGAGUUUAGCUCAGACAUGUCAGAAAUUACUAGAAGUGUUUCAGGAUCCUUUUCUGUGGCCCGUGCUGAAUUUCUAUUCUCCUGUGGAACUAAAGAAGGAUAAUUUUCUCUUGGGACCGACUUUAAGGUACCUGUCCAUCUGCUGGCAUUCAAGCAGAGUCAAGGUGUGUAACAUUGAGGACUGGAUGAAAAAUACAUUCCAGAAAGACAUCUGUCGCAAGCAUGAAAAUACGGUCAAUGAUUUUUUAAUACAAGUUUGCAACAGAUGCCCAAACUUGCUGUCCCUGACCCUUUCUGGAUGUGGCCACGUCACAGAUGAUUACCUGUUGUUGCUUCUCAAAAGCUGCCCAAACCUCAAGAUACUCAAACUGGAAAACUGUGUGCGGAUCACUGACCAGACUCUGGAAGCUGUGAUCCUCUAUGGGGGCUCUUUACAAACCCUCCAUGUGGAUUUCUGCCGGAACAUAACUCAGGCUGGUCUGAAGACAGUCCAGGAAAAAUGUCCUUCAAUAAUGCUGAAAGCAGAGAGAAGUGCAGACAUGAUUCCGGACAACAAACCCCGGGAAAAACUGAUGCUUGAAAGAGCAGUGAGAAAACUGGUAUGGCACUAAGAAGGACCAAUUUGCAGAAAUUCAAUAUAUGUGAAGAGAGAUUGACAUUUUGAGGUUCCACCCAGUUUGCAAUUAAGCCCAUCUAUAUGCAUAUUGGCUUUGUUUAUAAAAAGAAUAUUUUAUACAUUUCACAAGUACUCCCAUUUCACCCAGGCAAGGAGUUUACCUUGAUCGUGAUAGUCUGGCACCACUGGUCCUUCAUACUGGAAAAUUCCCUGUGCUGGCACAAAGGAGAUGGUAAAUCCUGACUAGCUGAUAAUGACCCUGCUGACAGUCUUCCUCAUUGUGGUAUAUUUUGCUUGGCUAACAUGUAUGAUGAUGUAUCCAAAUCUCAGGGCCCAAGGGGAUGGAUAAACUUUUUAUUCACAAGGAAAUAUGCCUAUUCUGUCAUAGAAGAAUCAUGAAUUCUGAGUAGAAUCUAGCCCCUCUCUGUCAUACCUUCACCUUUUCUGCUAAGGCACAUCUCACUCCUGACAAACGUCACUUACUAUACUUAACAUGUGAUCUGUUAGUGUACUUUAUUUAAACCAUAAGUUCUAUGAAAGUGAGCGCAAACCAAGCUUUUAACAUUUACAUAAUGUACACUGACAAUUUAUGCUUCAGUUUACGUUACUGUAAACAGUAAUGUAAGUUUAAGGUUAACACAAGCUUGUUUACACAACUGUCCAAGCUGAGAAGGCACUGAUUUACUAAAGUGCCCUUAAACUCUCUUUUCAAAAGCCUUCUACAGCAAUGAUAUAUUUGUCUAACUCAGAGGAGGAUUUUAUACACCCAUGUGCAGUAAUAGAACACGUGGAGGGCAGUGCGCACCAAUCAGACUGUUACAAUAACACAUGCAGAGCACAGUACCACUGUAUGUGGUUUUGCUACAACAUAUUGUAAUAUACUGAAAGAUUACACUGAAAUGGCCAGCACUAUCUUUAUCUCUUGUCUAAAACUGGCCUUAGACCAGAGGUUCUCCAAGUGUGGUCCACAAGCUCCAUUCAGGUGGUCCGUGGAUAUUUCCCUCUAAGGUGUGUAUCUGAGUGGCCGUA